AUGCAUACAAAGGAGGAUGACCAGUACGUUCUGUACGGUGGACCCGACCCAACUGACCUGGACCAGUACGGUUCGCUGGGAGAGGUGAUCGUAGAGGAGCUGAAACUGCGCCCGUCAAACAUUGGUUUGAUUGAGCCCGUUACACUAGAAGAGCUUACCUACAGUCAGAUAUUAGAACGAUCGGCACGCCUCGCCCUGGGUCUGUCCAACAUCGGCAUCAAGCGCACAGACAAUGUGGCAAUAUUUAGCCAAAACAGCCUAGAGUACUGCAUCACGAUGUUUGGCAGUAUUUUCGUCGGUGCUCCAUUGGCCCUAUUGAAUCCAGCCUACGUAGAAGGGGAGCUAAAGCACGCGAUUGAACUGGCAAGUCCGAAGCUAAUUUUUGUAUCACCCGAUGUGCUGGAAAAACUGAUGCAGACGCUCCGUGGGAUGGUCGGACCAAAGCCGCGCGUCGUACUGUACGGUGAACAUGCAGCAGCUAGCCAAUAUCCCGAACUGAUACCCUUUACCAGCCUGCUCCACAAUGGUCCAAUCGAUCUGAAAUCCUAUCGACCAGAGCCGGUGAAUAAGGUUGGACAUGUAGCACUGAUCGUCUUAUCGUCUGGCACAACCGGGCUGCCCAAGGGAGUGGAGUUAACGCACCAGAGCAUCAUAGCUACGAUUGCACACUCGAAAGAAUCGGCCAAGAUAGUGGAGCUGCCCGACCAGCUGGUGGCGCUGGCAGUGACACCCUUGUUCCACGUGGUGGCCGGUGUCGGUUUGCUCAAUAUGGUCACGAACAACUGCCGUUGUGUGGUGAUGCCCCGAUUCGAUCCCCACCUGUUUCUCAGCUGCAUCGAGAAGUAUCAGGUUAACCUGAUGACACUCGUGCCUCCGCUGAUGGUGUUUCUAGCCAAACAUCCGAUGGUGGACAACUACAACCUUUCGACGCUCAUGACGCUGUUCUGUGGUGCGGCUCCACUGAGCAAGGAGAUCGAGGAUCAGGUACGGGAACGGCUCGGUGUGGCAUUCAUACGGCAGGGAUACGGCAUGAGCGAAACCACGCUAGGCGUACUGAUGCAGGACGGGUUCGAGAACAAGGCCGGCAGCGUAGGCAAAGUGCGCAUGGGUCAGUGGGUGAAGGUGAUCGAUGCGGAGACGGGUCGCGCCCUGGGACCAAACCAACGUGGUGAGCUCUGCUUGAAGGGUUCGCUAAUAAUGAAGGGGUACGUGGGCAAGGAGCAGGCCAUCGAUGCUGAUGGUUGGUUGCACACCGGUGACAUCGCCUACUACGAUGACGAUCACGAGUUCUUCAUAGUGGAUCGCAUUAAGGAGUUGAUAAAGUACAAGGGUUUCCAGGUACCGCCGGCCGAGUUGGAAGCGAUACUGCUGGAGCAUCCAAAGAUAGGCGAUGCCGCUGUGAUCGGUGUGCCGGACGAACGUGCCGGUGAGUUACCGCUUGCGUUCGUGGUGAAGGAGCACGGUGAACAGUUGUCGGAGCAGGAGGUGAAGGACUUCGUCGCCGGCAAGGUGUCCGAACAGAAGCGCCUGUACGGUGGGGUUCGAUUUAUCGAAGAGAUUCCAAAGACGGCGAGCGGCAAAAUAUUGCGCCGGGAGCUAAGGGACCUGGUGAAGAAUACCAAAUCGAAGUUAUAG